AUGCCAGUUAAAACCUAUCAAAAUGUCCUCGACUUCUGGUUCGGAAAGAAAUCGACCGGCGAUUAUCUGAAAGAGAAGUCAUUCUGGUACGGUAGUCCAUCAGACGAUGCCUACGUGCGCAAAAACCUCGGUGACUCAUAUCAAGAAGCCAAAGACGGCAGCCUCGACGAAUGGAUGCGUGAUGGGGAAGGCGAAGGAGCCUUAGCUUUGAUUCUGCUCCUUGAUCAAGUCCCUCGAAACAUCUUUCGCGGAACACCGCAGGCGUAUGCCACGGAUUUCAAGGCAGUGACCGUGGCGCGCUAUGCGGUAGAUCAGCAUUGGGAUGAACGGCUUCCGGCUAUCCAAAGACGAUACAUGUACUCGCCUUUCAAUCACUCGGAGGAUUUGAAGGAUCAGGAACAUUCGGUCCAAUUGUUUGCUAAAUUGGGAGAUCCGUAUCAUCUGCACUGGGCGAAGGACUUUCGUGAUCAGAUUAAGCGCAAUGGGCGCUUUACCCAUCGGGAUCCCAUUUUGGGGAGGUCGUAA